AUGGCAAGGUUUGAGUCAACACUUAUUGAGAAAGUUGUGGGAGAAGUUGCAGAUAAAUUAAAUCAUACCCAUUUAAGUGUUACGGACCACCUAGUUGGAAUAGACUUUCGUGUCCAAAAAUUGAGUGGGUUUCUAAAGUUGAGGUCAAAUAAUGAUGUUAGGAUUGUUGCCAUAUGGGGGAUUGGUGGAAUAGGUAAGACCACAGUCGCUAAAGCGUUGUUUAAUCGCAUGCAUCGUACUCGUGAGUUUGAAGGCAGUAGCUUUCUUAGAGAUGUUAGAGAAACUUCGAUGCAACCCAACGGCUUUGUUCUUCUUGUUCUCGAUGAUGUGGAUAACAUUCGCCAAUUGAGGGCAUUAGCUAUAAAUCGUGAUUUGUUACGUCCCGGAAGUAGAGUCAUACUAACAAUUAGAGAUUUGUCUUCAACAACUUCGCUUCAAGUGGAUAAGGUGUAUAAGAUCGAGGAGUUGAAUGAGGAUGAAUCCUUUCAACUCUUCAGUUGGCAUGCCUUUAGGAGAGAUCGUCCUGUAGAAGACUAUAAGAGCCUCUCUAAGGAAGUAGUGAGUUAUUCUAAGGGACUUCCUUUAGUUCUUGAAAUUUUAGGUUCCCAUUUGUCGAGCUGCAGAGACAUACUUGAAUGGAGAAGUGAAUUGGAGAAGUUGAGAAAGUUUCCUCACAAGGAUGUUCAAGGAAAGCUUACACUAAGCUUCAAUUCACUUGAUGACAAACUGAAGGUUUUAUUCUUACAUAUUGCAUGUUUUUUUGUUGGAAUGGACCAAGAUUUGUCAAUCAAAAUAUUAAAAGGUUGCGGUUUCUUCCCAGAAUCUGAAAUUGGGGUUCUAUCUCGUCGUUUUCUUGUCACAAUUGAUGGGUAUAACCGGCUGAUGAUGCAUGAUCAUAUUAAAGACAAGGCUAGAGAGAUCGUCCGCCAAGAAUCUCCUGAAGAGCCAGGUGAACGUAGUAGAUUGUGGCAUUAG